CUAUAAAAUUGAACAAGGUACUAGCGCCAAAGACUUGCUGGAAAUGUUGGUAGAAGGAAGGCAGGUACAAGCCAGAUUUACCAUCAUAGAGGGUUGGAAUUUUUCCCAAGUAAAACAGGCUUUAGCGCAGCUCCCAGGGCUAGUGCCCACCAUAGAUGGUAUGAGCGAUGCACAAAUUAUGCAAAUUUUGGGGCGACCAGGCAUACAUCCAGAGGGGAGGUUUUUUCCAGAUACUUACUAUCUGCCAAACGGAAGUAAAGAUACUGUAGCGUUAAAACUUGCCAUGCAAACGAUGGAUAAACACUUGCAACAAGCUUGGCAAACACGUAACUCACAAAGUGUUUUGCGCACUCCAGACGAACUAUUAACACUGGCUAGUAUCAUAGAAAAGGAAACUGGACUAGCUUCAGAUAGGCAAAAUAUUGCAUCGGUGUUUCACAACCGAUUGCGCAUAGGGAUGCGACUGCAAACUGAUCCUGCGGUGAUUUACGGGAUAGGCCAGAAUUUUGAUGGCAACUUAACCAAAAAACAUUUGCGUACAGAUACCGCAUACAACACUUAUACCCGUACUGGCUUGCCUCCAACCCCUAUUGCUAUGCCAGGCGCUGCUGCGUUAAAUGCGGCGGCGCAGCCUGCACAGAGCAAGUAUUUGUAUUUUGUAUCAAGAGGUGACGGCAGUAGCGCUUUUAGUGAAAAUCUGCAACAGCACAACCGAGCAGGUAUAGACGGCGCAGGAAAAUCCAGCCAUAUUGAAGCUCUGGCUGAAUACUUGCGCGCUGCUGGCCUCACCACUUGUCUCACGAGAGAACCCGGUGGCACCCCUUUGGCAGAGCAAUUGCGGGCUUUGCUGCUGCAUGAGCCUAUGGAUGCUUUAAGCGAAGCUCUCUUGAUGUUUGCAGCAAGGCGCGAGCAUGUCUUGCAAGUCAUCAAGCCUGCACUUGCAAAAGGGCAGGUGGUGUUGUGUGACCGUUUUACGGAUGCUACUUUUGCCUACCAAGGUUAUGGUCGUGGCUUUAAUUUGGAAGUAUUGCAGCAGCUAGAGCUUUGGGUGCAAGGCAAUGAUUUGCAAAAGCCCAGCGAAAUUCUAGAACCAGACUGCACUUUCUGGUUUGACUUAAGUCCCCAAGUCGCAGCAAAAAGACUAGAGUCUGCAAGAAAACCCGAUAAGUUUGAAGCCCAGAGCUUGGCUUUUUUUCAGCGUGUUGCGCAAGGCUACGCAAUGCGGAUGCAGCAAAACCCGCAGCGUUUUGUACAUAUUGAUGCUGCACAAAGCGUUGAAAAAGUGCGUAUGCAAAUAUUGGCGCAGGCUGACAAAUUCAUACCGCAAUUAGCAUCGCGUGCAGUCCGAGGCAACAAGUAUGUC